AGGGAGAGGGAAUCUUCCUGUGAGCCCUGUGUUGUGAUGCGUGUUCCUGUAGAUCCGAGCACCAGCCGCCGGUUCCCGCCGCCCUGCACGUCGCUGGGUUCGGGGAAGAUGACGGACUCCCUCCCGCUGCCCCCCCCGCCCGCCCCGGCGGCCCCGCACCCCCCCCACCCGGACAGCGCCCUGACCAAGCUCCGGCCGGCGGACCGCACGAUGGUGGACGUCUUGGCCGACCAUCCCGGGGAGCUGGUCCGCACCGACAGCCCCAACUUCCUCUGCUCCGUCCUCCCCACUCACUGGAGGUGCAACAAAACCCUCCCCAUCGCCUACAAGGUGGUGUCGCUGGGAGAUGUACCUGAUGGGACCCUGGUCACCGUCCUGGCCGGUAACGACGAGAACUACUCGGCUGAGCUCCGCAAUGCUACAGCCGUCAUGAAGAACCAAGUGGCUCGAUUCAACGAUCUCCGAUUUGUGGGACGCAGCGGACGAGGGAAAAGUUUCACGCUGACCAUCACCGUGUUUACAAACCCUCCACAAGUGGCCACUUACCACAGAGCCAUCAAAAUCACAGUGGAUGGACCGAGAGAGCCGAGAAACACCAGGCAAGUACAGCCUUCUCCACCGUGGACCUACGACCAAUCCUACCCUUACAUUGGACAGAUCUCCACGCCUUCUGUCCAUCCUGCAACCCCCAUCUCCCCUGCCCGAGCCAGUGGGAUGCCCACCUUAACAGCUGAGAUUUCCAGCAGACUCUCAGUCGCCUCUGACCUGACGGCGUUCGGUGAUCCGAGGAUGAGCAUUGACCGGCAGUUCUCGGCCCUCCCCCCUCUCUCCGACAGCCGAUUCCCAGACCCUCGGAUGCACUACCCAGGAGCCUUCGCCUACACCCCGACCCCGGUCACCAACGGGAUCGGCCUGGGAAUGUCUGCCAUGACAACCGCCGCUCGCUAUCACACCUACCUGCCUCCCCCUUACCCGGGCUCCGGCCAGGGGCAAGGCGGACACUUCCAGACCAGCUCAGCCCCCUACCACCUCUACUACGGCACCUCGGCUGGAUCCUACCAGUUCUCCAUGAUGUCCGGGGGCGAUCGCUCGCCCCCCCGCAUCCUGCCACCCUGCACCAACGCAUCGACAGGCUCCAGCCUCCUGAACCCCAGUCUCCCCAACCAGAACGAGGUGGGGGAGACCAACGGCAGCCACAGCAACUCGCCAACAAACAUGAGCACCACGGCCAGGCUGGAGGAGGGAGUGUGGCGGCCAUAUUGAACGAAAUAAGCCGUCGGGGCAGGGGGAUUGGCGGGGUGGGGGGGGGGGGGAACGCUACACGGUGAUGGGAGGAAAGGGAGGGGGAGGGAGGAAGGGGAGGGAGAUGUCACGGUAAAGCGAGAGAAUUUCAAAGGAAGAUUCCCACCGGAAUUCGGGGACUGAGAGGAAGGGGAGUUGGGUAGGAGGAGUGGGGGAGGUGGGGAGGUCACUGUGAAUGCUUUUUUCCGGUAUAAUUGCUGUGAAAGGAGAAAAAAAAAGUUGUGGGUUGUUUUUUCCACCCCUCUUUUGUUUAGCUUAAAAAGAAAAAGAACCUUUUCACCGCAAGGCGUAGUCAACCAGGCUUUCUGUCAAUCACCCAGGGAAUAAA